ACUAGAUUCUUUCACUCUGUACUUUCGUCCCAGCUGUAGUGCAGAAGCAGUCGAGACCAAGACGAGCGUGUGAGACGGCUAUAUCUACUCCAUCUCACUCUCACUCACACGUGUGUUUGGCUGAGCAAGCGCCGUACCUGCCCCGCGCCUCUAUUAGCUUGCAGUAAUCAUCGCACCACCAACCAACGAUUCUUUCACUUCGCACCAUCAUUGUGACUUCUCAUCACUCAUCCUCUCUUGGCACUUCAACCCUGCCAUCUGAUAUGCCCUCUCGCUGAUGAUCCUUGUCUGACCCUCACCACUUGAUCAGAAGUUCACUCGCUUCACCACAUCUCACUCAAAAUGGUGAACAACUCAUCAACUAUACGCGUCUUGAGGGAAAUCAAAGAACUCCAGACCGGCUCUGACUUGUCUCUCGCUGUCGCCUACUUGGAGAACGAUGUCCGCACCAUACGCUGUCUUAUCGUCGGUCCUUCCGACACACCUUACGAAUUCGGUUUUUACGAGUUCAAGGUCAGAGUCGGUCCUGCAUACCCCGUGCAACCACCAAAGGUGCGAUGCCUGACGACUAACGGCGGUCGCUGUCGCUACAACCCGAACAUCUACGCUUCAGGCAAAGUGUGCCUUAGUAUACUUGGCACGUGGCGUGGUGAGCCAGGCGAACAAUGGAGUACUGCCCAAGGGCUAGAAAGUGUUCUCAUCAGCAUUCAAAGCUUGAUGAGCUCGAAUCCCUAUGAAAACGAGCCAGGUUUCGAAAACACACAACUCACAGAGGCCGAGGCCCAAGAAUAUGCACAAAAGGUUCGCCAUGAGAGCCUGAGAAUUACGGUACUCCAACGACUCGAGACGAUACUCGACAUCUCCGACGUUGACCACAGGACUCCUGCUACGGCCCCAGAUACCCCACCUCCUGAGAUCGACGAGGAAGGUAUCACGGAAUACGAUGCUGCUGCCGCCGAGAGAGACGAGAGCAUCGAAGCCAACUUCCAUCCGUUCACCGAUCUUUACAAGCGCCGCUUUCUCUGGUACUACGACGCUUAUGUCAAAUCAAUCGACGACGCUUCGACGAAGGUCAAGGACGGCGAAAACUUCAAGAUGACGCCAUUCGAGUACGGUGCUAACGAAAUGCGCGGCAAAUAUGCCUAUGCUUCUCUCAAGACUCGCCUCCAACGUAUCUGGGGUUGUCUCGAGGCAGAAAAGGAUGUUUGGGCACGCGAGGGCAAGAAGACACUCGCCAAUGAACACGGCACGGCUAUGAACCUCCAGCAUCAGUUCGACUCGCUCCACAAGCACUACACUCAGAGCAACGGCCCAUCUGUUGAGCUCAGCCUCGUCGACGCGAAUCCCUUCCUAUGGACUCUCACUUUCUUCGGACCUUCGGAGACAGAUCUAUACGGUGCAACUAUCAACGUCCGCCUGCACUUCCCUUUCGAGUUCCCGGAACAACAACCACGAGUCACCGUCCUCACACCACUCUUCCACCAUCGCGUCAGCGCCUCUACAAAAGCUUUAUGCUACUUCCCAGCCAAGCUCUACAGUGUGCAAAAUCACAUCGAGAGUAUCAUGACCGCUAUCAUCGAAGAAAAUCCAUCUUACGACCCGCGAGCAAUGGUCAAUCCUGCCGCAUCAGUCUUGCUCUGGGGUGAUGAAGCUGGUAAGAAACUGUACAGGCGCAAACUUCGCAGAAGCGUACAAGACGCCAUGGAAUCUUGCGACGAGUUUUAGGUUGCAAAUAGAGACUGACGAGAUUCUGGACAUGGGACAUGGGACAUGGGACGUGGCGUUUCACAAAAUCUGGUAUACCCCCUGGUUCAUAGCGACGGCGUUCUCGGGUCGGAAGAUAUAUACUUCUCGGUAAGGCUUUUCUAAAAAGACCCUUUUUCAACAUGCUUUACUGUCGAAAGAAAUACAACAAUAAUUUCUCG